AUGGAGCCAGGGGUCCCUCGAGGAAAGGAUGAAGACCCCGGCUGGGGCUCCCGAUGGCCCUCCGGGCCAGUCCGCAGGACACGAAAGAGCACAUUUCAGACCUUCAGGAAAGAAGCGUGCCUCAUAGAUCAUUCAAUGUGCCCUGGCCCCUGCGCUGCUCUCCGCGAGCCCAUCUGCUGCGAGUGCCAGACCGGAUUCGGGGGCCGCCUGCCCGAGCCCAGGGCUAAGGCGGUGCUGCCUUACUGGGUCCCUCUGUCCCUGAGACCCCAAAAGCAGAUCCCAAAGAGGGUCCGGUUUUAUAUCCCCCAAACCACCAAGAUGUGCCCCUGCCCGUGCCACCGCUUCAGGGGCCACCUCCCAGUGCCCAGGGACCAGGCAGCGAUGCCCUACUGGGUGCCCCGGGUCCUGAGGUCACAGAAGCAGGUGGCGAGGCGGCAGCGGAGUGCCAAAGGCAUCCCAGAACCCCCCCUGGCCUCCAGUUCCCAGCACAACCGCUGGCGCAUCUGCUGCAACGACGGCCACCUCCUGCUCAGGUGGCAGCAGCUCCAGGCCCUUCACCGGGACAGGCCACCUGCUCUGGGGCAGGGAGCCAGCACCCCAGCCCCGCUGCUGCCCAGGGGCUUCAGCCUCCUUGCACUGCUCCAGGCCUUCCUGAGGGCCACCGUGGCCAUUCGGUGA